CAGCAGCAGCCGCAGCAGCAGCAGCCGCAGCAGCAGCCAUGGUGUCGUGGGCGCUCAGCCGGCUGAUCGAGCUGCUCUUCGGGAUGCUCUACCCUGCCUACGCUUCCUACAAGGCCGUGAAGACCAAAAACAUCCGGGAAUACGUCCGCUGGAUGAUGUACUGGAUCGUCUUUGCGCUCUUCAUGGCCACAGAGACCUUCACCGACCUGCUCAUCUCCUGGUUUCCCUUCUACUACGAGGUGAAGAUGGCUUUUGUCAUCUGGCUGCUGUCCCCGUACACGCGGGGGGCCAGCCUGCUCUACCGCAAGUUCGUGCACCCCACCCUGUCCCGCAAGGAGAAGGACAUCGAUGGGUACAUCCUGCGCGCCCGGGAGCGCAGCUAUGAGACCGUGGUGCGCUUCGGCAAGAGGGGCCUCAACCUGGCAGCCACGGCCGCGGUGCAGGCGGCAGCCAAGAGCCAGGGCGCGCUGGCCGGGCGGCUCCGCAGCUUCAGCAUGCAGGACCUGCGCUCGGGGUCCGAGGACACCCCCGUGCACUGCCAGGACCCACUGUACCUGGAGGAGCCCCAGGGCCGCCGGCAGCUGCUGGCCUACAGUGUGACCCCCGGCCCCCGGCAGUACGAGAGUGAGACGGAGGAGGAGGAGAUCUGGUCAGAUUUGGAGGUCGCGUCCUCCCAGCUGGACCCCAGACCCUUGUCUCGCAGCCAGAGCCUGCGUGUGGCCAAGAAGAAGGCACCAGGCAAAGAGGGCUCUUCCCGGCUCUUGCGCAGCAGGAUCAGGAAGAAACCGGCCCUGUCGGAUCAGGAUGACUGAUGGAAACCUCCGCCUGGAGUCUUACCAUGACUUUGCUGCUGCAGCGUCAGGAGGGAGCUGUGGUUUGUGCAAUUCCAGCCCUUGGGAAGGGGCUCCCCCUGCCUUACACUGUAAAUCCCUUCUCUGACCUCUGUGCCUCCGGUUGCUGCUCCCACCGUCCCCGUUCCCAGACUCCAUCCUAUGGACGGGUGCUGGCGCCUCUCCCAUGGGAUCCAGCCCCCACUUUCCUCCCAUCCUAUGAACUCCAUGGGCUCUGCUGGGAUCCCCAUUGCUGCCGUGAUGCCUUACACCCCACAUUCCUUCGGUGGGAGCCAGCAAAGGGAUGUGCCUUGUUCCUUUUGUCCUCUGAAGCCAAAGCCACAGCCCUUGGCUGGGGUAUCCCCACCAGUUACAGGCUGACACCCCCAUACUUGAAACCGGGGCUCCGGUGCUUGACCGAGCCCCGCCGAGCACCACGCAGCUUUUAACGUUCCCACCUCCCAGACAGGGAGUUUUGUACAUGGAAAAUAAACGCUGUUUCACACUUGA